UGCCACUAGCCGCCAGUGCGCCGCCGCCCGUUGCGCGUCAUGCCGCGAGUGUUGUGACUGCUGCGAUCAUGGAUGUGCGAUUAGCGUUGCUGUUUAUUGCAGGCGCGUCAGCAACAUGCAGGUUCCCGGGCGCCCCCGCUCACUCCCACGUGACGUUCUCCGACGAGGCCCUCGAGGAGGGCUCCGUCGCCACGUACGCGUGCGAGCGGGGCUUCGAGCUACUAGGCCCCGCGAGGCGGGUCUGCGGCGACAACGGGAGGUGGAGUCCUGACGGAAUACCCUUCUGCGUUCUAAACGUGGCUGCGGGCAAAGCGCCCAUGCAAGCGUCUACGGAAGACUCCGGCGUCCCCCAGAGGGCGCUAGAUGGCAGCACUUCCUCUGUGUACAGCCCCGAGACGUGUACGUUGACGAAGCAGGAGCGCGUACCUUGGUGGUACGUCAACCUGCUGGAACCGUACAUGGUGCAGUUGGUACGGUUAGACUUCGGGAAGCCUUGCUGUGGAGCCAACAAGCCCGCAGUAAUCGUGGUCCGCGUCGGCAACAAUCGACCAGACCUCGGCACCAACCCCAUCUGCAACCGCUUCACCGGCUUCCUAGAGGAGGGGCAACCCCUGUUUCUACCCUGCAACCCCCCCAUGCCGGGAGCGUUCGUCAGUGUGCACCUAGAGGCCUCUACGCCGAGCCAGCUGUCUAUAUGCGAAGCUUUCGUGUAUACAGAUCAAGCUUUGCCUAUAGAAAGAUGCCCACAGUUCCGAGACCAGCCGCCCGGCAGCACGGCCACCUACAACGGCAAAUGCUACAUCUUUUACGACCGCCAGCCCACCAGCUUCCGCGACGCCAUAGCGUUCUGCCGCGGCAGGGGAGGCUCGCUGCUCGACGAGAGCAACCCCGCGCUGCAAGGGUUCAUCAGUUGGGAGCUUUGGAGGAGGCAUAGGAGCGACAGCAGCAGCCAAUACUGGAUGGGGGCCGUCCGUGACCCCCAGGACCCGAACAACUGGAAGUGGGUGAAUGGGAAUGACGUCACAGUCUCCUUCUGGAACAGCGUGCCUGCGGGGGGCGAGGGGUGCGCGCGGUUCGACGGCAGCAAGGGCUGGCUGUGGGCGGACACGGAUUGCCAGGCCAAGUUGAACUUUAUCUGCCAGCACCAGCCGAAGGCCUGCGGGCGUCCAGAGCAGCCCCCCAACUCGACCAUGAGCACCGAGUCCUUCGAAGUGGGCGCUGCGGUGCAGUACUCUUGCGACCCGGGGCACCUGCUGGUCGGCCCCACGGUCCGGACAUGUCUGGACACCGGGUUCUAUACGGAGUUCCCUCCCGUAUGCAAAAGAAUCGAAUGCGGCUACCCAGCUGAGAUCGCGCACGGGUGGUACACGCUGCUGAACGAGUCCGUGUCGUACCUGUCGCACGUGCAGUACGAGUGCAGCGAGGGCCACGAGAUGGUGGGCAGGUCGCGGCUAGUCUGCGACAUAGACGAGAGGUGGAACGGGCCCCCGCCGCGGUGCGACGUUGUGCACUGCGAGCCUCCGGCGCAGGUCGCCAACGGGCGCGUGACGCUAUCCCACAACUCGUCGGCGUUCGGCGCCGUCGCGGAGUACGCGUGUACCCGCGGGCACCGCCUCGUCGGCGCCCGGCGCGCGAGCUGUCUCGCGAGCGGCGCCUGGGACCAGCAGCCGCCUAAGUGUCAACCCGAAGAGCGCCCAACAACGACCACCACGACGCCCCCUCCCCCCACCACGGCCGCCCCCACCACGCGCGUCACCUCCCGCGCGCCGCCGACGCGGCCGCGCUCCACGCCGCGUCCCGCGCCGACGCCGUUCGUCACGCCGGAGACGCGCCGUCCCCGCCCAAAGACCACGGAACGGCCGACCACGCGAUAUGAAACGAAGGUCACGGACGCGCAGGAGUCGCCGACCAGCCACGUGCCGCAUAUUAUUGUGGCCAGUCAUCCGAGGGAGAACCAAAUACUAGGCAGCGGCAACAAUAUCCGCGCCGAGCAUACGCCGCGCGUCAACGUGCCCCAAUCAGUGGACGGCGAACGGCGGGAGACGGUCGGCGCGCGCCUCAACCUCGGCGCCGUGGUCGCGCUCGGCGCGUUCGGCGCGAUCGUCUUCCUUGUAGCGAUCAUCACUACCAUCGUCAUAUUGGUGCGGAGAAAGCACCACGACGGCAAACGGUACCGCCACCACGUGUCGCCCGACUGCAACACGGUCGCCUCCCUCGACUCCUCGUCAUCAGAGUCCCGUUCGGGGCUGAACAGGUACUACAGGCAAGCUUGGGAAGAGCUGCACGAAGCAACGGGCGCUAAAGGGAGAAGACACGACAGGGAAGCGCCGAAGGACGGGUCGGAACUUGUCGUGGCAGACGUGUACCCGGCUCCGAGGGACAAGAGGAGACACCAUCACCAUCACCAUCACCGCCAGCCGAGGCAUCCGGACUGGCAUUCGCCGCAUCGUCCGCAGCACAAUCAUAAGCCUAGGUAUUAGCAGUUGUAAAAAUCGUUUCAGUCUGCCGUUUAUAAAUCAUUAGUGUGUUUGUGCCCAUCACAUCCGUGUUUCAAGUAUGGGAGGUAGGUACUUAAAACAGGCAAAUUUCGCACUGUAUGUGUUAUUUUCUUGCUUUAACUAUGAUCGAAUUUGACGCAACGCAAUUUUAACGCAACUUUGCCCUGUCACUUAAUUACCUACCUACCUUUGUAAAAAUUCACCAAGUGGCAAAGUUAGACGUUUUCACGACACUGAAAUUCAAGGUUGGAAUGAUUCGCCUAAACUAAGGCUGAAAUGGUUUUUUUGACACCGUAAUUUAAAUAUUGCUUCCAUUGGGUCGAAAUGGUGUUAGAGUGUAGAUGAUGAACGUACCUAUAGGUAUUAAAUGUCAUUUGUGUUAUGUUGACCGGUUACUAUCGCCUUAGGGCAAAAUCAUAUAAAUAAUUAUCGUGUGAUGAAUGCAUUAAGAAUGACUGUGCUAGUCCUAUUGGUAGAGGAAAAUGUCGGGUCAACAAAGCGCAGUGUGACCAACCGUAAGAUGACAUGACUUUGUACAAAGCUCGUCUGUUUAUAAUUACAUAGUACAGUUUAACGUUACAAAGAAGGUAGUGUCUUAUAAGGUAUAUAUAUAUAUAUAUAUGUAUAUCGAUCUUAUAAUGAAACGGUUUUUCCGAUACAUAUUUACGUAAAACUUAGUAUUUGACCAUUAUUUAGUGAACAUCAGAACGACACAUCUACCAAGUUUCUAAAAAUUCUUAGUUAUCUCUACCAAGUAAAAUAGAUUUACCUAAAGCAUAAGUAGCUAAUUAGUGUUAUUUAUAUUUAGGAUCAAUUAACUACCUAGCACUAGCAUACUGUAAAAUUGUAAAGCAGGUAAUUAAAAGUUAUUUAGUUUAAUGAUAAAAUUCAUGUAAUACCGUGAAGACUCUCAAAUUUGUCCAUAUGAUAUUUGAUAACUGGACCAGUUGUCAAAAAUAUGAAUCAGUAUUUUUUUUUGUAAAAUACUUAGUAGGUAUACAUGUAUAUGUUUUCUACUCUGAAAGAUUGAACACGUUUUCAAGACACACUGCGACAUGCAAACAUGUCUCUCUUGAUUGAACACGUUUUCAAGACACACUGCGACAUGCAAACAUGUCUCUUUUGAUUGAACACGUUUUCAAGACACACUGCGACAUGCAAACAUGUCUCUCUUGAUUGUCCUUCCACGUAGUAACGAAUCAACAAUUAUGACUCUAUAUAUUUAAUAGAAUUCAAUAAUUGGCUACUUAUAUAUUCGUAUUAUUGGACUGAUUACUUAUAAUUAUUGUCGUAUAUUUUUCUCAUAAGAGGGAAGAAUACCUUCUACGUCCAUGUCCAUUAAAUAUUUUCCAUUCUCCAUGGUUUAGAACAGGUCUCCAAUUUUUUUUUACCUGAGGGCCAUAUUGCGCCUCAGAAACUUUC